CAAUCAAGUAUCUCCGUCCAUUUAUAGAAAAGUCCUUGAGAAAGUAGGGUUUUUAACGAUUUCCAUGGCCUUCUCUCAUCGAGUUUUUUCAUAUCCCCAUUCCCCCCUCGCUCCCAUCACUCAACCCAAAUGCCAUGAGUUUAGAACAAAGAAAACCAUGAUACCAUAUGUCUCCGCUGGCGACCGUCCGAUCAUCACCGAGGAGCACAACCUGGUCUCCAUGCCGUCUUCCAAACCAUUUGACGCUAACAUGGACUACUUUCACGUCAAACGAAUGGAGAAACUCAAGGAAGUCCGGCAUAUUCUCCACGGUCUAUAUGAUCCAUUAGAAUGUAUGAUGAUGAUCGACGUCUUACAAUGCCUCAGCAUCGAUUACCACUUCCAGCAAGAAAUUGAAGAAAUUCUUAGUCGCCUGUAUAAGAACCUUGGUGGAGCCAAUAUUGGUAACGCCAAAAAUGGCUUGUAUGACACUACGCUUAGCUUCCGCUUGUUGCGACAACAUGGUUACUAUGUGUCACCAGACAUAUUCAACAAGUUUAGAGAUUGUGAAGGGAGAUUUAAACCACAGUUAAGCAAAGAUAUAAGUGGAAUGUUGGGUUUAUAUGAAGCUUCAUGUCUCGGAAUGGAAGGAGAGGACAUCCUCGACCAAGCUUCUGAUUUCACUAGCAAACAGCUCAAGGCUGCGAUGACCUCAAUGGAACCAGGUCUUGCGGGACUCGUGGGCCACACCUUACAGAAUCCCAUCCACAUGAGCUUGCCAAGGUUCAAUACCAAAAAUUACCUCAAUCAUCGACAUGGAGACAAUGGGUCCACCAGAUUCAUACAUGAACUUGCUAAGUUGGAUUUCAACGCUGUCCAAUCAUUGCACCAAAUGGAGCUUAGAGAGGUUUCGAAGUGGUGGAGAGACCUGGGCCUGGCACAAGAGCUAAGUUUCGCGAGGGACCAACCGAUGAAAUGGUACAUGUGGCCCUUGGCGAUCCUCUCAAAUCCUCAUUUCUCAAAGUAUAGGAUCGAGCUCACAAAACCUAUUUCACUUAUCUAUAUAAUCGACGACAUUUACGAUAUUUAUGGGACGCUCGAUGAACUCACCCUCUUCACUGAGGCAAUCGAUAGGUGGGAAUUCUCAGCUGUAGAUCGGCUUCCAAGGUACAUGCAGAUAUGCUUCAUGGCCCUCUACAACAUCACCAAUGAGAUCAGUUUUCUGGUACUCAAGGAACAUGGUUGGAAUCCCAUUCAUUCAUUGAGAAAAACGUGGGCUGACUUGUGCAAGGCAUUCCUGGUAGAAGCAAAAUGGUUCGCCUCAGGACAGAUGCCAAAGGCCGAUGAGUACUUGAGAAAUGGAGUGAUUAGCACAGGAGUACAUAUUGUCUUGGUCCACGCAUUUUUUCUUUUGGGCCAUGGGAUCACAAAGGAGAGUACAGAACGUGUGGAUAGUAUUCCAGGACUCAUAACCAGUCCAGCAGCAAUUCUAAGGCUCUGGGACGAUUUGGGUAGUGCCAAGGAUGAGAAUCAAGAAGGAAAAGAUGGCUCGUACGUGGAAUGCAUCAUAAAAGAGCAUGGCAUCACAUCUCCAUCUAUUGCGCGAGAACAUGUCAUGCAAAUGAUUUCCAUGGAAUGGAAGAAACUCAAUAAGGAAUUCAUCUCCUCAAGCUCAUUCUCUCCAUCUUUCAAGGAAGCCUCACUCAACAGUGCACGUAUGGUGCAAAUUAUGUACAGUUAUGACCAAAAUCAACAGCUACCAAGUCUUGAAGGACACAUUAAUUCAUUGCUUAAAGAAAAAAUGCAUCUCUAAGGAAGCCCAUGCAAA